UAUCCGUGAUCUCAGUCCGUGUUUUCUACAGAUGGCGCUUUAAACUCUCGAUUAUGAUUGCGACCCCCCGCAUUUGCCUCUUGUACAUACUUUCGAGGCCACUGAUCGUUUCCAAUCCAUUAUUGAUUAUAUCCACGAUUAAAGAUACUAUCAAGAUAAUAAUCUUUUAUCUAUGGAUACUAUCUCUAGCCGUGAUUAUAUCCUAGGUGUAUUGAUACAAUACACCUUGAUAUAAUUAUAUCUCCGUCCUGUCCGUGGGUCCAAAUCAUGAUAAAAAUUGGAAACGAUAACAAAACAUAACAUCUUCAUAAUUCCAUAUAGCGAAUAGCGACAAACGACAAACCGUAAUAUUCGAAUAUUAUACGAACGAGCUCUCUCCUAUUCGAAAACUAACUCAAACAUUUUAUAAUUAUUUAUAUUGGUAAUAUAAUAAUAUUAUGUCACUGGAAUAUGGUUGCUUGGUAGCUUUUAGAAUAUUUUCCACUGUUUUCGUACAAAAUGGCUAUGUUCACCCUGACGAGUUUUUUCAAACAACCGAAAUCAUCACCGGUGAUGUCUUUGGGGUUGUACAUGACCGCCCUUGGGAAUUCAAUAAGGAUGCACCAGUUAGAAGUAUAGGUUUACUAUAUGGAAUUUUUGGCAUGCCGUUAUAUAUUGCAAAAUGGAUUUUCAAAUUAUAUAAAAUUCCAUGGAAUCCUUUCCUAUUGAUGUUUGUUUUCCGAUUAGUCACUUGUGCAGUGUCAUUAGUAACUGAUUAUUCACUAUAUAAGAUAUGCAAAAUACUCAAACUUAAGUAUAAUAGAUAUUUGUUACUUCUUUCAAGUUCUUAUGUUAUAAUUGUUUUUGGUACAAAGACAUUUACCAACUCUCUAGAAUUGGCUUUGGUAUCACUCUUGUUGUGGAAAGUCAUUGACAGUAUGACACUUUCAGAUAAAGUUAUAGCUGCUGAAAAUGAAAUACGAAAUAUGUAUGCAUACCGUACAUCAAUAACAGAUAAAGUAGUGAUGAGCCGUAAGCUACGCCUAUUACCUAGUCAUCAUUUUUCUCAUUGUUUGGAAAUUGGUACUAUUUUAGCUGUUGGUACCUUCAAUAGACCAACUUUUUUACUAUUCGCUGUUACCCCUAUAUUCUAUUGGGUUUCCAGAGGAUUUUCUAAGAACGAUGACCGUUUUGUGAAAAUAUUCAAUAUACGUUUUAUAGUAUUAUUUCUAUGUACUCUACCUGGAGUAUUUGCGUUGAUACUCAUUGAUUCGUUUUACUUUGAGCAUAUAACAGAAAACAAAGCCAGUUUGGUUGUAACACCUUUAAAUUUUAUUAAGUAUAAUAUAAAGCCAUCAAACUUAGCUGAGCACGGUAUCCAUUUUCGAAUGACACAUGCCAUCAUAAACACUCCAUUGCUUUUCAAUGUUUUAACUAUACUCUUUGUAGGACGUUUACAAUUCAAUUCUUUGAUAAAAAUUAUUUUAAAUCACCAUUACCAUUUAUUACCAAACAUUCAUGAAGUCAACACUUUGAUGAUGGCGAAUGUGAUCAUUCCAUUGUUUCUGUUAUCGAUUUUUCCACACCAAGAACCCAGAUUUCUGUUACCUCUUUUAUUACCAAUUGUAUUUUCCACUUCCAAGUAUUUUUCUAGUCAUUACAUGAAGGAUUCAAAAUGCUUACUUCCAAUUUGGUGUUUUUCAAAUAUUAUUGGAUUUAUAUUUUAUGGUUACCUGCACCAGGCUGGUGUUACUCCAAUGAUCUCACAUUUAUUUCAAGAUAUUAAAUAUGCAUCUAAUACCUAUAUAAUUCAUAGUCAUACAUAUUCUAUACCUGUUGGAUUGUUAAUGGUUCCUCAAUUAAAUGAAAGUUUACUAUACACGAACCAACGCCACAUCAAAGUAUAUGAUCUUGGUUCUUCAUUGGACCCCGAUGCAUUGUAUGACACUGUGAUGAAUAUUAGUAAACAUAUUACUUGUAAAGAAGAACUUGUAGUUUAUUUUGCAUUGUCUGGUCCUUUAAUCAAGCAAUUUGAAUCAGUUGGUAAUGUGUCUAGUCUUAAAUACACAAAAAAUGUUUUUUUUCCUCAUUUGUCAAUGGAAUCGUUGAGUUUUUAUUUCACAUCCAUGAUAGACUUAUUGUACCAUGACAACAAUAUGCCAUAUUAUAUUAGUUUGACAGAACUUCGUGAUAUAUUUUCGCUUGUUCUUUAUAAAAUUACUAUAAAGACUGAAUAGCAAUACAAUGUUACAUAA